GUUUCAAGUGAAACAUGGCGGCUGGCGGUUCCAAAACGUUUGCAGUCAACAUGGGACGUAUCAGGUCUUUUUCAAGUUUGAAAUGUCACUUGUGACACUCAGAGAAGUUGUUUUGAGAGACAACAGGCUUGAUUAUGGCAGCACCAGUUGGGGUAAAGUUAUUUUUCUUCAAGCAAAAGCGAUUUCGUCAGCCGCCCAAGAGGUACAGAAAACUUCCAGAAGAACUUCCUCAAAGUCUACGAUUUGCACAUCUGAAUCCAAAAGUAGCAGCUUUUUUAGCAAAUAAAGAAAAAGUACAACGUCAGACAGAUGAAGCAGACGGACUUGUCAAGACAAGCCUCUUACCAGAAAUUACACAAUCUUUUCAUCAUGUUAGGGGAAGAAUUGACAGUCUUCUUGAAAAUGAUGAAGAUUCCCAGCGCUAUCUCUAUGAGGAAGCACGACUUUCAGCAGCCAGUGUUCUAUCCCAGUUGGCAAAAUACAUCUACACUCUUCAAGAAAUUAGUUCAUGCAUUCCAAAGAGUUUAGAAUAUUUGCUGAUGAUGGGCUGGAAAGAAAUGACUGCUGAUAUAACCCCAGUGCCAAGAGAAUGGCAGACAGCAACAAUGAGAGAGACGUAUCCUCCAACCCAUUCCAGUGAGGAGCAUGCUGGAAGCAACGAGGAGGAGCCAACAGCUGACAGAUCGAGACAGACCUCAGAUUCUGACUUUGUGAAAAUGAAAUCGUCUAUGAAACUCAAUCCUGAUUCUGCCAAAUCAAAUGCAAAGUUCAACAGAUUAUUUCAUGAAGAUGAUGAUCCCAAAAGUUCUAGUUCUCACCGUAGAUCAGAUAAGUGUCCUACGCACAUAAGACAAAAAAUGGCAAGGCACAGUCGCUUGAAGUCCAUAUGUGAUGAAUCUCGUUCUGGAUCUGCUGUUUCUAAGUCACCAGGAUCACAAAGAGGAUCUGUAACAUCCAUAGCUGGCGAACAAACCCCAGCAGAUAAAGGUGUCCAUAAUACGUAUUCUGCAACAAUUCAGUUCCAGUUGUCUUCACAAGCUUGUAAGGAAAAAGGUUGGAUUGUUCGUCAUUCUAGCAAGGAAAAAACUUUUGAUGAACCAGAGCCAUUUCUGGAAUUGGCUGUUCAGAUUUUACAAUCAGCCAUGAGAAGAGCGAAGCAGGAAGCUGAAAAUGUAGAUCCCAAAUUAGAGCACCCCCAUAAAGUGAAGUACUAUAAGGAUACUAAUCAAGGCCAUCUGACUAAGUUCAACAGAUUCAGAUCUCUUAGUCAAGGACAAAGUCUGAAGCCUGUAAUACCAGAGGCAUGGAAUGAUGCAGGGAGGAAACUCAUGCAAGUAACAGUAAAUGAUGGGACCACAACAAUAUUCUAUCCUUCUGGUCAUCCAGCAAUACUGAGUUCUCAGGCAGGGCCUGGAAAACCUGGAUAUUACACCCUUGUGUAUGGAGAUGUUCCUGGUGGGAAGCUCAUGGCCUGUUUCACUCCUUCAGGAAUAGGUGUUUGCAUGCAUAACAACGGAAACGUAAGAUUACAAAUCACCAAAAAGGGAGGACUCACUGCUGAUCCUUCUGGCAAAAUCUUGAAGAAAUGGAAAUGGCCAGUGAGUGGGAUGAAGUUACCAUCCACAAUUUCUCUUCAGAUGUCGUCUUGUCUGAACUUGCGUGUUCAAAGUCAGUCUCAAAUUUUCCUGUUAUUUGUCUGCAACAAGGAGACAAUUAAAUUUAUGCUAGGCCCUGUUCCUGGAGCUGUACCGCUCAAGCCUGGUGACGAGGAAGAACUCCUGACAAGUUUUUCAUUCAGUUCAAACUCUGCAAACGAGCUGAACCAGUCCUUUACUUCAAAGAAACAACUCAAUAAGUCAAAGAAGAAAAAGGAUAAAAUGAAAGCGUACAUUGCUGAAGCUCAAAAGCUGUUAGAUGAUCGAGAUGAGUCCGAUCCUGAUGGGGAAAGAGACCUCGGGCGACUUCAGCGUAAAGCUAGGUUGCUGGUUGACAAUUGGAUGGAGCACUACCGAAUAUAUGUAGGCCUUAGUACUGGUAGCCUAAAAUACAUGAAGGAUAUGAUAUAUAUCCGCUUACGCGACAUCCAGUCAGCCAAGCCUUCCAAGACUAAAGUGGUACCCGAGGAAAGUGAAACUACAGAAGUAGAUAUUGAAUCUCCAGACCCUCUAGCCAAACUCCGGGCACCAUCAGCUCCAGCUGGUUCUGAAGUGACAGAUCGCCUGUUGAACCGGGCACGCACAGCUAGUAGCCACCGCUUGUCUGCUGAUGAUAAGGACAUUGAUGAGACAGACAGCAAAAUCAAGAAAGAAACCACGCAUGGAAGUGCCAAACGGAGUCCAGUACAUAGCGCAGGAAAGCAGCGCCCUCUUUCUGGAGGAUUGCAGUCCAUUGUCAGCCACACAGCACCGUUGUCUCCCCGGGGUGGUGCUGUGGCCAGUAUGUAUAGCGGUCCGGCACAGUGCCCUAUUUCUCUUCGCGCAGAGAUGCUCGGCUAUGAGAGGCCCCCCUGCCGCUGUAGUCGUCAUCAUAUUCCCUACAUCUCAGAUCUUGAGUUCGACAACUUCCUCAAGAAUGAAGCAUCCAUGAACCAAAUGAUCAUUGUGGCUAUUGUAUCCACUCUUUAUCCGGAUGCUACACCAGCUGAGGCAAUGAUAGAAAAAAUCCACGCAAAUCAAAACAAAAAUAGAACCAGACCCUGUGCGGCAGCCCGUUUUGAUGCAUUCAGAAUAUUGCGAUACGAUGUUGCAACUGCUGCAUUUGAGUCUGACCAUACCCAACCUAUGCUCUUAGCCCGUCACAAUGUUGUUCCAGGCAUGUUUCUGAUAUAUCACAAUGGAAACUUGGUGUUUUGUGAUCAUAUUUUCAAUGGAUAUGGUAAUGCCAAAAAGGAUUUCCGGAAGCAGAUCAUGAAGUGUAGAGCAGACGCUAUUCAUCAUCGCUUCUUGCCAAAAGAUUUCCACUUCAGUCCCAGCCAUGGUCGUGUGGGCCCCAGAUCAGCAUGGGGAGGGCAAAUGGGAGGAGCUGGCGUGGAUCACCAUGGAAACCCAGGAAUGAGUCGGGAUCUGCCAAGUUCAGCUCCCAGACCAGUCUCUGCCUCCACGUCCAGCACGGAGCACUACCUCCAGUCAGUACCCUCAGCCAUUACCAGAGGUGUGGAAGUAACUGAAAACAAGCAGCCAGUCAGUAUUGGUACUAAUCCAUCCCAAGCAGGCGAUUUGAGAACUCAUUCCCAGCUGGAGUCUCAGAGUGCAAGCAUGGCCCACUCAGCAGAGAGAAUCAACACCUAAGGUGUACAGGUUUAGCAAACAGAUCAUGUGGUGGAGAUUUCCCAAUGUUGGGUUGAAAGUCUUACACAUUUGUGUUACCUUUGCUGUGUAGUCUGCGUCAAGUAGAUAAUACUUGGACUGUUGAUCUUAAUGUGGUGGUAAAUUCAACUUGCCUCAUUGUCUUUCUCAGUGUUGUGCAAUGUGUGCAUGGUUAUUGUAGUUGAUGACUUCUCGUGGUUGUGGCAGGCUUUUAAACUUGUAAUUGUCAAGUCGGAGACUGCCUUGUUGUAGGGUGCUUUUAUGAUACACUUAUUGUCCUUUAUUAUUAUAGCAACUUCUAUCAUUACCUACAUAUUGCCAAAAAAUUAUCACCCGUGUCUUUCUGAAGGUACAGUAUAAGCCCAUAUAGCAAUUUAAGUGUGCAUGACAGAUCUAGAUCUUAGUGGGGGAAGCCAAAGCAUGUCUUCCUGUGUUAAGGCCGUGGAGCCUUCAAUAUUAAUGCAUAAUUAAGCAAAUUUCUUGAGGUUUUUAUGAAACUUUAAAGUUUACUUUGACUCCAGUAAACAGUUUCAAUUUAGAAGACACCAAACUAGAACAGCACUAAAGACUGAUGUGUUGCCAAAAUCUGAAAUGUUAUAGCAGAAGCUUAAAUUUCCAUGUGCUAUUGUUUGUCUACCACAAAACCUGUGUUUAGCAUGCACACUCAAAGCUGCGGGGUCAUUGGAUAAGACUGGGUGGACUAAUACUAGAAGUGUCAGGACGCACCUUAUAUCAAGUGUGUGGUUCCAGAAUUUCCUGUUGUCAAAAUUGUGAGCCCUGUUCAUGUUUGUGAGCUGUUCUGAUUAUUGCAUUGUUGAAUUGCAGGUAAAGCUAACUGAUACAUACCAUAAUAUUAUUUUGUUUAAGGUAAUAAGAUGCUAACCAUAUGUUUCAAAAUUCACUGUUGCACAGUCACCAUGUAUAGGAAAGGAUUUAUCAGGUUGCCAGCAAUGUCCUCAGCGGGCUCUUUAAGGUAAUUUAUUGGUAAACAAUGAUUCUGCCUUAUUUUCUUCACACUUGAUGUAUGCAUAAUUUUCAGCAGAUAUUUUGUAAAUGUUAAAUGGGAAACAAAGUAUAUAUUUCGUAUUUCAUAAUGACUAAGUUCUGAAAUUAGAGAAGUAGGGAAGUUUUGAUUACAUUUUAGACAUUUGUAUGCCAAUUGAAAUAUAAUUUUCUCCAUGUGCCUUGCAUAAAUAUUCUCUCAUUAUCUUUGCUUGAGAAAAGGAGUGUGCAUGUGCCAGUAUUGCAAGUAUUCUCACACUUAGAUUUACUAAGGCACAAUAUGAGCUGUAUGUACAUGUACUUGACUGCUGUUGCAUACAUUUUGUUAUAACUGCGUUUCAUAUAGUGCAGCAUAUACUUAUGACAUAAGAAUAUUUAAAUGCCAGUCAAGACAAUAUGCUUGUAAGAAUACAUGUUUAUACAUGUAUCAUACAAUUUAAGAAAUAUGUCUAUUUUGCUAGGUUUAAAGGCUUUCCACUCUUAUAUACACAUAUAUAUUGUUUACUCAUGCUGCUGAUACGUAUUACAUAUACUAUUUGUUUUUUGUUCCACUAAAGUAUAUUUAGUGCUUAUUUCAUAAAAAUUUCACUGAUGAUGUAACCCAGAAUGGCUACUGAUAAAAUGUUAUGUGUGCGCAGAAGCAUUCAUUGCUAAAGUAAACCACAUAUUUACAUAAACUGCUUGUGACCAAUUGGGUGUAGCUGCAAAUUGCUUGUACUGCAGAUGUAAAACAGCCAUGUGUAACACCUAUGUUAAACAUGCUUGCUGUUAUUGAUGUCACGUGAUGGCGAGGGUUUAUAGCCAAGGGGAACUGGCAUGUUGUGCCAGGAGUUGUUCAGAGACAAAUCACAUUUGUUACACCGCUGCGGACACAUUUAAAUAAAAAUGUUUGUAUUUUACAUGUACCAUGAUAUUAUUAACAAACUAGAAGUAAAUAAAAAAUGUUAAUGAAGCCUAUUUCCUGUGGCUGUCUUCCACAGUGGAAAUCAAUGACCUGAGCUGGAUGCAAUGUGAUGGCCAGUUGUUCAAAGGGUUUUAAAUAAACAAAUAUUAAAAGUCUGGUUGUAUUCUCAGUACCAGUCUCAUUUUAUUACACAAUCUAUAGGAUUUUGACCCAGACAGAAGUUAAUAAAGUUGCAUAAAUAUUAAUACACUUGAACAACUGUGCUCAGAUGCUUGAGUACUGUGUGAAAUCAAUGGCAGACAUCAUCACUCUUAUUGUAAAAGCUAUUUUAAGUCAUAUUUAUAUAAGAAUGUAGUUAAAUGAUGCAAUGUAGUGGUAAUACAUUUUUGUUUGUUGGUGAAAGAGAUGUGUUAAUUUCAUGAAUUGCAAAAGUUCAUUGCUGAGGUGUACUUUAUUUAUCUACUAUUUAAUAAUAUAUGUAUAUUUGCACUGUUUACUGAUGACAGGCUGCUGAGUAAUGCUGAUUUUAAUGCUGCUGAUUAAAACUGUUGUAGUCUGAAGGUGCAUAAGUGAUUACUGCUGUGAGGAAGCAUUACAUAUAGGUGAACUGGAUUGUGCUUUGGCUAGCCGAUCCAUAAUACUAGACUCUACUACACCUGCCUUGAAACCACUCCUUUUCACUGUGAAAGGUGUUAUUGUUGGAAAUAUGUACAGAAUUAGUGUGUUAAACACUUUUGCCUUUAUGCAGCUGUGAGCAGUGUGUGCGACUCAAUAUUGUUAUGAAUGUCACUACGACAGCAUUCUUGUAAUAAAAUGCCAAUUUAUGCAUGUACUCAUUCUGCAUGUGCUUCUGCAUAGGGUAAAUCAAUGUUGAUGUGUCUUGCCAUAUUUAUUGUUGAGCAUUGGCAAUAGAAGAGCUUCAGUAUGGCUUAAGCUAGAAUACUAAGCAUGUUCAUUGGGAACCUUAGGCCACACCGUACAAGCACUUUUUUCCAUUUAAACAUGCAGCCGGCGUCGGGGGGGCCUUUAAUGUGCAGUGGUCUACUAGUCCAAAUUCCAGUACAAAGGUUUCUUAAAGUAAAUCCAGGUCUAUUCAUUCCGGAAUAUGUGAGACUUUUUACCAUUGUUGUGCAGUAUUACUGCAACAGGAACGCAAUGCCCAGACACUGUGUUAUUUAUUUCCUUAUGAAUAGAGAAUAUUC